CUGGAUGAACAUCAGCAGAAGGUCCAGGCUGAAGACCCAAGGAAGUAAGGAAGGAAGGAAGGAAGGAAGGAGGUGGACGCUGACCGUUAAGUCAUGGUGAAGUGUGCAGUUCUCUUCUUCUUCCUCCUCCUCAGCUCCGUGGUUCUCCACGCUGCUGUCCCGAGGAGGAGACAGUCGUGUCCGCAGCUCUGUGACGUCUCCAGGUGUCCGCUCCCGCCCCACGCCUGUUACUAUGGAUACGCCAAAGACGCAUGCGGCUGCUGCGCGGUGUGCGCGGCCGGUGAAGGUGACGUGUGCGGGAAGCGCGGCGGCGGCGGCGGCGGCCUGUCUUGCGGUGACGGGCUGCGGUGUGACUCGAUGCCGGUGACGGGGGCAGACGGUGGACUCCACCGCGGCUCCAGGUGCGUGUGCAUCUCCUCCGGGCCGAUGUGCGGCAGUGACGGCAGGACGUACCCGAGUAUGUGCCGCCUGAGAGCGGAGAACAGGAGAGCCGAGCUCGGUGAGAGCGAACCGGUCAUUCUCAUCAGGAGAGGUCGCUGUGAGUCUGAUAUACAACACCCAGAUAGUAUGCGCUACAAGUUCAACUUCAUAGCAGAUGUGGUUGAUAAGAUCGUCCCCGCUGUGGUGCAUCUGGAGCUUUUCCAGAGUCUGCCAUUUUCCACUGAGGAGGUCUCAGUGUCGAGCGCCUCGGGGUUCAUCGUGUCGCAGGACGGCUGGAUCGUCACCAACGCACACGUGCUCGCUAACAAGCAGAGGGUGAAAGUGGAGCUGAAAAGUGGCGUGCAGUACGACGCCUCAGUCCAAGACAUGGACCAGAAGAUUGACAUCGCACUUAUCAAAAUCGAACCAGAUACGCCUCUGCCUGUGCUGCGUCUCGGUCAGUCCUCUGACCUGCGGCCCGGGGAGUUCGUGGUGGCGGCGGGGAGUCCGUUCUCUCUGCAGAGCACCGUCAGCACCGGCAUCGUCAGCACCGCGCGGCGCACCGGCCUGGAGCUGGGCCUGCACAACUCUGACAUGAACUACAUCCAAACUGAUGCCAUGAUUAACUAUGGAAACUCCGGUGGACCACUCGUCAACCUGGAUGGAGAUGUUGUCGGCAUAAACACUCUCAAAGUGGCAGCGGGGAUCUCAUUCGCUAUUCCCGUGGACAGAGUCCGUCAGUUCCUCACUGAAUCCCACAACAGACGAGUAAACGGAAAUCCGCCUCGAAAAAAGAAAUUCAUUGGCGUCCGGAUGCUGCAGCUCUCGCCAUCUUUGAUCCAAGACCUCAAGAAGCGUGUGAAUGAAUUUCCAGACGUGUCCCGGGGAGUUUACGUCUACGAGGUCCUGCCCGGGACGGCAGCGUCCAGCGCUGGAAUGAUCGAUCACGACGUCAUCGUUGGCGUGGACGGGCGGCGUGUUCGCACCAUGGAGGAAGUGAGCGACGCCGUGCAGAGCGCCGCCGUUCUGUCAGUGGUGGUGAGGCGGAAGGACGGGGAUGUUACACUCACAGUGUUUCCAGAGGAGACGGACUGAAGUCAGUGACCGCGACCGACGUAACACUCAACAAAACAACGCCGUUUUUGGCAGAAAGCUGCAAAUCUAUCGAUAAGCGGCAACAUCUAUAACAAGCCAUAUAUCAGGAAAAGUAAGUAGAGUAACAUAAGUGAAGAACAGUUUGGGACGCUCCGUGACACCAACGACGAGAUGUCCAGCAUGGUGACCAUCGUGAAAGAUAAAAUUAUCGUGUAGUCUGAUCCCGGCAUCAGUCGACAGCAAAUGGCUGCUGUUCCUGGGAUGACAACGUAGUCGAGAACAAGCAAAUUGGAGCGUUGGAUAACCGCCAUAAAACAAACAUAGAAGACAGAUCGAUGGGAGUCUACAGACAACGGAUUCUACUCAUGUAGUGAUCGCUUCAUAUCAGGUACAGAAUCCAAAUUCUCCAGAGUAGGAUGAGGGAAAAUGACUGCUCUGGCUGUUUCCAUGCUUGUGAAAAGCACCAGGGGGCAGUAUAAGGGUCAGAUAUAUUCAGUCUGUCAGGGUUUUUUGGCUUGAAACUGGCACUGUUCAUUUUAGCCUGCCAACAUGGCAGUGUAAACACACCGGGGUCAUGUGACAUCCAGAGCACUAUACUACACAAAGAAGAAUGUGCUUAAAGAUUAGCCUCAAACUCGCUAAAUAACAGUGCGACAGACUCAGGACACUGAAGAGCCAGGCGACAAAAAAACGGACCGAAUGUCACAAUACGAUCAUCAAUGUCCACAACAUCGUCUCCCUGUCACAAAGACAUAUCCUUGAAGACGUUCUCGAGACAAAAUGGGACUAAUGGACGGACAAUUUGAAAACAUAAUGACUCUGCCCCCUGGCUGUCACAAGUGUAAUUAAUGAUAAAAACCAAACGUAUCGGCCUAAGCUGGUGGUAGUGAAGGGAGAAAAUGAUUUGUAAUGUGGGGGUGAAACGAUCCAUCAAAGGUUAACUGAGGCGGUAAAAAAUGAUGUGCUGUGUGACUUUGUUUUAAUAGUUUCGCUGGAGGACGACUGAUUGAAAAUCAUGAGCUGGAUUUUUUUAUUAUUAUCCUUUUUCUUGGUGUUCAGACUGAGUUUAAAUAUUCAACGCACAGGUCAAAGCUCUGUG